CACCAUUUUCUAGACUCGUACUUUCCUGGAUUUGCCCAUCCACCCACUUUCACCUCCUUUCGUUAAUUCCGUAAAUUCACAAUCCACCUGUUCGCGUCCUUCGGCCAUUUUUCGAUUAUUUUGAUUUUAAACUUGACAAGUUACAAAAGUGACAGUUUUAUCACGCAGUAAAAGUAAAUAGAAGAACUGAAAAGAGUUCGAAAUUCGAACCUGGGUCUCUGGAAAAACUGCUGUCGCGAUGUCAGAGUGCAUUUGUAGAAAACAAAUUUAUCAGAAUACAAUUAGGAAGUGGACGAUAUCAUUGAUAACAUGACGAAGAAACAUUGCAACAUAAAAGCUCAGUCUGUUGAAACCUUGAAAGGAGACUUUGGAGGUUAUGUUGGAACCUGUCAACUGUCAAAAUAUGUGUCAAAACAUUGAAAAAUGUAUGUGCCUGUGGCGAGGAAUUGACAGGGUAUUUUUCAACUUUGAGGAUCCUUUGAAUGGAUGCAUUUCGAAACUGAGCAAUGUCAAGGACGACAUUUUUCUGGCCACGACGACCUUCGACUUAUACCAUGGAAGAGUGUCUUGCGAGGAAAAUUCAUCAUCAAAUUCAUUGGUUUCGUACGCGGUCACGCUUAAAAGGGCUCAAUUUCAUGCGGUCGAUAUAGCAGCUAAUAGUGAAUAUUUAUUUGUAGUGAAUGCCGAAGGGCAUGUCCUGAAAGUAAACCCGCAGGAUCUGAGUGUUGUACAAACCAUCAUUCUUAAGGACGACGUUAAGUUUUGCAGUCAUGGAUGCAAGCAGGAUAAUGAAAUAACAAAAGUAAAGUCAAUCGAAGUGAACGACGACGCAGCUCUUUUCAUCACAGAAAGUGGUCAACUCUGGGCGAGUGGAAACCACCCUGAGAUUGACAUCAACUCCACGGAACCAAAGAAAGUAAUAUUUUUCGAAGGUCGCGUCGUUUACAACUUAGCCUGUGGUUUCAAUUUCUACGCAGCCAUAGUGAGAAAGAUCAGCCGAGUCCUAAAGGAAGACACAGACAGUGAAAACGAUCUCGACGAAGAGGUCUUCGUGAAAUCAUGUCCACAAUGUCUGAACAACGUCAUGGCGAGUCCCGUCAGUCUAGCAUCUUCGGACACCUACCCCAUGGGUCUCCACGUUCAACAAUUCAGCGAUCGCUCAUCAAAUUCCCUCAGCGCCCUCUCCAGCACCAGUCGAGACGAUGUUUUAAUCUGCAGUCUAAACAACGAGAACGCUCUGAAUUCCCACACAACUCUCGUCAACGGCCAGGGAUCCGCGGGCGAGAUUUCCGAGUCCGAAAAAAAGAACGUCAUGUUCAUCAACACCGAAGCCGCGAAGCAAUUUCUGACUCGACAAUUGUCCUGGGUUUCAUCAUACGGGAGUGGAAAGGACGAGUUGCAGGUCGAUGCCACUGACAAUCCGACAAAUAUGAUCAAGCAAAAUGUCUCGAAUAUGGCGAAUUUAGUCUACGAGGGUGUUAAAACAGUGGGAGAUAAAGUAGCGACAUUGUCUAGACACGUGAGUGGAAGCUCGGACGUUAAUGAUCAUCAGGAGGGCAGUGAUCAUGAUCAGGCGAAGGUCGAGGAGAACAAACGAACCCAGGGUAGCCUGAUUCAUAGUUUGCGGUGCGAAGAGUUUCCCUGGUCUUCCAGUGCAGGAUCUUCAGAACAUGAACUCUCGCAGCAAGGAUUGAAUGAGAGGAUUAAUCUGCUCGUUCGGGAGGGGAAUAAUUUAUUGUCGACGGAACUCUGGACCUGGGGCGAUGUGAAACAUGGACAGUUGGGAACUGGUGAUACUGUCAAGAGGCCGAGGCCGGUUUUGGUGACGAAAUUAUCCCAGGUUGGAGUUCAGAGAGUGUCUUGUGGAUUGUUUCACACGGUUGGGUUGACCCUGGAUGGGAGGGUUUUCACCUGGGGUAGGAAUAAUUGCAAGCAAGCGACUGAUGAAUGGAAUUCUUGUCAGAGCGCUCCGAAGAUGAUGUCCACGGCGAAGGUUUUGAGAGCGGGGAAUUACAGAGGAAAUGAGAGGGCCAAGGACACGGCUGCUGGGAAUGAACACACUUUUAUUUUGAUGCAACCUGCUCUGCCUCUUUUUAUGGGGAGGUUUAAUUACGCUUUUGAUGGGAACAACAAAUCCAAUUCAUCGACAGAAUCAUGCGGAUUUUUCGAUGUUUCGAAGAUGGUCGACUUUUCCCUGAGUUCCAUAGGCCGAGUUCUCUGUUCAGGUCCGUACAGUUGUUGCACAGCAGUGUGUCCAUCAGCAAAUGAAAUAUCCGAGGACUUGAUAAACGAGCAGGUUUUUCUCGAGGAAAUAAUAUCCUUCUACCAAAAUUUAAUUCGCCCCUUUCAAAAGAAAGGCGCAGCAACCCAGGAGUCGAACGUUUAUGAAACUUUGUCUCGAUGUUACACUGAACUGAUGAACAUCACAGCUCUAAAUGUCCAGAGUCUCGCGGACUACCACAAUCAUAUCGGGAAAGCUUACGACGUGACGAUAAUUGCAAAUAUCGAAGAGUGCAUCGCAAUUUACAAAUAUUAUCUGAAUGCAAUUUGCGACGUUAUAUCGCUCGGCGGAUUCACUCAUAUCGCGAGGAUUGUCGAACUGCCCCAGGUGGCCAAAAAGUGUCAGGAUGCGAAAGCAAUUGAAGCGCGGAAGCACAAUAACGAAAAUAGGAUAGCUGCCGCUUUGCAGAAUCCUCUGCGAAGUCUCGGCAGGUACAAGACGAUGAUCAAUAAUUUAAUCAGAUGCAAUGGAUCGAAAAUGGGCAUCGAGAGACUUAAGGAAGGUUUGAGCAAGUGGGAGCGCGUCAUUGACGAGCAGGAUAAACGACAGAGGGAGGCUGAGGCGACGAAACAAUUUUGGGAGGGCUCUGGAAAGUUGAUUGAACUUUUGAGAUCCCCGGAGCGAAGAUUAAUCAGGGAGUCGAGGUCUCAUCCGAUUUCGGUUUUGAAUUCGGGCAGAUUUACGACUCAUUGGUUUGUUCUGCUUACGGAUAUUUUUAUUCAUAUCACUGGAAGCUCUUAUGUUGUUUAUCCCUUGCCGACUCUUUGGGUGGAACUUCUCCAGGAUUCUGACACUCUUCAGAAUGCAUUAUCGGUCACGACGCCAGAGUGUAAUCUAACAAUUUAUGCUCCUUCCGCUGUUGAAAGAAACGAAUGGUUACAAGCUCUUCAUGCUGCGAUAAAGUGCAGCUUGCCGAGAGUCGUCGGGCAUAAACCUCCGAUGGCUCGCAAUAGUUCCUUCACUUUUACUAAACACCCGGUUUACAAGGACGCUAAAUAUACUGGUCGCUGGUUUAAUGGAAAACCCGAUACUGACGAUUCAUAUGGGCAAAUGGAGUGGCCCGAUGGUAGAAUGUAUAAAGGACAAUUUGCGAAAGGAGUCAUAAAUGGAUAUGGCACAAUGCAUAAUUUAGCUCAGGGAAUUUAUCAGGGACAGUGGAAAGAUGGUCAACAAAAUGGCUAUGGAAUCAUGAAGUACACGUGCGGAGACGUUUAUGAAGGAUACUUUAAGGACGGACUUCCCCAUGGUCAUGGAACUAAAAAAGAAGGUCAUUUUAUGGCUUCGGCUGCCUCUGUUUUUAUUGGAGAGUGGGUCUCUGGAGUAAAGCAGGGCUACGGAAUUAUGGAUGACAUUAAAACGGGUGAAAAAUAUAUAGGAUCUUGGAGUAAUAAUGCGAAACAUGGCUGUGGAUUAAUCGUAACUUUAGAUGGUAUUUACUACGAAGGUGUAUUUAUGCAAGAUGUUCUUACGGGCCAUGGAGUGAUGGUCUUUGAAGAUGGUACAAAUUAUGAAGGAGAGUUCAAAUCUGCUGGUAUUUUUUGUGGGAAGGGAACUCUGACCUUCUUCAGCGGCGACAAGUUAGAAGGAAAUUUAAGCGGAGCUUGGAACGAGGGGAUAAAAGUGAAUGCUACUUUGCAUAUCAAAAAAGCAAAUGACAACUCGUUUAAUUUACCUAAACCAACUUGUUUUGGAAAACUCUUCACGCCUCCCGAGUUGCCGAAAUCAUUCGGAAAACUCUGCGUGCCUCCCGAUCAGAAAUGGAAGGCGAUUUUUCGCCAGUGUUAUCAACAACUCGACGUACCUGAACCCGGAAGCAGAAAUAAUUCAAGUGCCGACAAAGCAAGUGAGACUCAGAAACUUUGGGACAAUGUGGCUGUGAUAAUUUCAAAUUCGUUUCACAAGAAAACAAAGUCUAGUAAAAAUAUGAACGAUUCGUCUAAAAUCGAGAAGGAUAGAGAGACGAUAGACACAUUGUCGAAAAUUCCGUAUUUCGGGAGGGACAAGCUCACUCUGCUGAUUUAUGAACAAAUCCGUGAGUAUUUGGCAAUAGCCUUCGAAAGCGGACAUCAUCCUCUGGGAAAAUUGUUGACUGAACUCACCGCCGUUUACACUGCCACUUAUGGAGGUGUGAGAGUCCAUCCUUUAUUGAAAAGUCACGCGGUGAGCGAAUUGCGAAGCCUGACUGUCCGAAUUUACCAAGUUAUUACUAUGUUCUUCCCGGCAUUGCCAGCCAGUGGCGAAGAAUGUCUUUCGGAAAUUGAAAAACCGGAUGAGGCGAAAGGUUUUGCGGAUGGAGAUGACUCGGGCCAGAAGGAGGAUGAUCAGCAUUUGAAGCCGCAAGAAUCGGAGGAAAGAAAAGUGAGAAUUGAUGCAGCAUUAUUGCAUCCAGUUUUGUUGCCCAGAGUUCAUUCAGCACUAUUUGUUCUCUACGCUUUGGACAAUAAAAGGGACGACGAUGCAUAUUGGAAACGUUUGAUAAAAUGGAACAAACAACCAGACAGCACACUAACAUCUUUUCUAGGCAUCGAUCAAGUGUUUGGGGAAAGUAAUUCGGUUGAGGAAAGUCCCGAGGAACCUCUUUUUAGCAAAGCAGUCGAAACAUUGCAGCAGCUGAAAACGACGUUCACGCCCUUAGAAAAAUUAAAAGUGGUCCAUAAUACUGUGAAACAAGUAGAGCAGGUGGCAAAAAGAAAAGUGGGAGCUUCAUAUAAUCUCAUAAUGGAUGACUUACUUCCAGCUUUUAUUUAUGUGGUAGUGAGAGCUAGUGUCUUACAACUGGGAAGUGAAAUUAAUUUCAUCAAGGAUUUCAUCCAGGAUUCGCGCCUGGAACACGGCAAAUUUGAUUUCGCCUUCACUACGCUCACUGGAUCCUAUCAUUAUAUACUCCACGAAAAGAUGACAAAUGAAUGAGACGAAAGAAUUUCAAGUUUGAAAAUUCUGCGAAAUAUGAAGCAACGAGCCAUGCAAAUUUUUCUUCGUAGGAAAGCCAAUGACUUCUGUGAUUGUAGAGAUAUCAGAAUGUUUUUUGAAAGUAAUGCCAGAAAUCUAGACUUCAGUGAGACAAUGCUUAUUUUUAUCAACAGAAAUCAGAGAGUCGAUAAAAUAAGAUGUGCCACUAUCAGAGCGCAUUCGGUGUUAUAUUUUACAUACAGAAAAUAUUUACUACUGGUAAAAGUUCACCAGAGUUUAAAGAAAAACUGAGUCGACUUAAUUCUAAGAAGCGUACUUGUAGGCACCUGAUUGCUUUCUACUCUUUCACGACAUUAUUCAAAAAAUGAGACUUGAUUAAAAUUCUAGUAUUUUCUUUUUCAUUAAUUUAGCAAUUAGUAAUUCUAAGACUUUGAUUUUCAUCGAGAAUAGAUCAUUCAGACCUCGGACUCAAUACACAUUUGGAUUUAUUUUAAACUUUUUUUUUUUUAGGGAUUACAAUAUAUUGCUACUAUUUCGAGAGAAAAAAAUGAAAAAUACUUGUGAACUUCUUCGUUAAUUGGCUCCAUAUUGUUUAAAAUUUAGAAUUUUCGAGAUAAAAAUAUGGGAUUUUGACAAAAGAACUGAAUUUUCAACGAAAUAGUUGAAUUUUUACCCAGCAGAUAAAUUUUCAACAAAUUACAUAA